GGCUGAGGGAAAGGGGCAAAAGAGAAGAACGGCGAGCUGCCAUGCCUUCACAGCCCCGGCGGGUGUGCGCUUCCCUGCUGGGGCUCUAGAAUUUCAGGCAGUCCUGGAAGCUGUGAGAGGAUCUCCUUUCCCGAGCCCGGAGCGCGGGACCUAGCGGGUACUUCCGGUGUGGAGCUUCGCGCUCAGCUGAGGGGUAUUUCAGCCAUCCAAAAACAACUUCACAUUUAUAUAAUGUAACAGAAAAGUUCUGAAAACAUUAAGCAAAUAGAAGUUUGGAGCGUAUUAAACAAGAUGAACGUCUCUGGAAGUGGUUGUGGAAGCCCUAGUUCUGCAGAUAUAUCUAAUGAUUUUAAGGAACUUUGGACAAAACUGAAAGAAUAUCAUGAUAAAGAAGUACAAGGUUUACAAGUAAAAAUAUCCAAACUGAAAAAGGAACGCAUUUUAGAUGCACAAAGACUGGAAGAGUUCUUUACCAAAAAUCAACAACUGAGAGAGCAACAGAAAGUCCUUCAAGAAACCAUUAAAAUUUUAGAAGAUCGAUUACGAGCAGGAUUAUGUGAUCGCUGUGCAGUAACUGAAGAACAUAUGCGGAAAAAGCAGCAAGAGUUUGAAAAUAUCCGACAGCAGAAUCUUAAGCUUAUUACAGAGCUUAUGAAUGAAAAGAAUGCUCUUCAGGAAGGAAAUAAAAAGCUUUCUGAACAACUGCAGAAGAUACUUGAGAAGGAUAAACAGCAUCAAGCAGCUGAACUUGAAUGUGAGGAAAAUGUUAUUCCAGAUUCACCAAUAACAGCCUUUUCCUUUUCUGGCAUUAACCGGCUACGAAGAAAGGAGAAUCUCCAUGUCCGAUAUGUAGAAAAAACAAAUACUAGAUUGGAGCAUUCUAUGUGUACAAAUGAAUUAAGAAAAGUUUCUAAGGCUUCAACUCUUUCACAACAUAGCCCUAAUGAAAAGGAAAUUCUAGUUGCUGACACUUGUGAUCAAAGUGACACUCCAGUGGCUGAAAUAUAUGGAACAAGAAGUUGUCCCACUGAUAAGUCAUCUUUUAAUUUAGCUACAGUUGUUGCUGAAACACUUGGACUUGGCAUUCAAGAGGAAUCUGAAUCUCAGGGUCCCAUGAGCCCUCUUGGUGAUGAGCUGUACCACUCUCUGGAAGAAGAUCACAAGAAACAGCCUUUUGAGGAGUCCAUGAGAAAUGCUAAAGAUAGUUUAAGAUUUUCAGACUCUACUUCAAAGACUCCUCCUCAAGAAGAAUUGACUCCUCGGGUGUCAUCUCCUGUAUUUGUACCUACGUCUACUGUGAAAAGUAGUUUGGGUUUGAAUACAAGUUUGUCCCCUUCUCUUUUAGACACUGGGAAACAAAGCCAUCUCAAAACAGCCCCUUUCAGCAGCACUUCUAUUUCUAGAUCAGAGAAAACUAGAUCAAAAUCUGAGGAUAGUGCCCUUUUCACUCAUCAUAGUCUUGGGUCUGAAUUAAACAAGGCCAUUAGCCAGUCAUCUUCUAGUAAGCAGAUUCUUAAAAAUAUAAGUGAAUCCAUAAAUGAACAGGAUAUUACUGAUCACACUAAAGAUACUGUGAUAGAUAAACAUAUAGUGUCCCUGAAAUCAUUGGGAGGCAGAACAUCCAAAAGGAAGAAAACUGAGGAAGAAAACGAACAUGAAGUAUGCUGCCCCCAAGCCUCUUUUGAUAAAGAAAAUUCUCUUCCUUUUCCAAUGGAUAGUCAAUUCUCCAUGAAUGGGGACCAUGUUUUGGAUAAACCUCUGGAUCUGUCUGAUCGGUUUUCAGCUAUUCAGCAUCAAGAGAAAAGACAAGGAAAUGAGACUUCCAAAAACAAAUUCAAGCAAGUGACUCUUUAUGAAGCUUUUAAGCCCAUCCCAAAAGGCUCAUCCUCAAACUAUAAGGCCUUGGAUGGGGGCUCCAUGGACUCCCCAGAGGAGUCCUGUCUACAGGAGUGUGUCCGCCAGUCUUUACGUAAAUCCCCUCCAGACAGUAAAACACCAUUACCUAUAAAAGAAGAAAAUUCCAUCUUCAAGAUCCCUCUACGUCCACGUGAAAGUUUGGAGACAGAGAAUCUUUUUGAUGAUACGAAGGGUGCUAGUUCUAAUGAGCCAAUAAAAGUAAAAACCAGAUCAGUUCAUGGAGGAUGUGAACUUGCAUCAGUUCUUCAGUUAAAUCCCUGCAGAAUUACCAAAACAAAGUCUAACAACCAAGAUGCAUCCUUUGAAAAUAUCCAGUGGAGUAUAGAUCCAGGAGCAGACCUUUCUGAGUAUAAAAUGGAUAUUACUGUAAUAGAUACAAAGGAUGGCAGCCAGUCAAAAUUAGGAGGAGAGACAGACAUGGACUGUACGCUGGUCAGUGAAAGCUUGCUUUUAAAGGUGAAGAAACAAGGGCAAAAAGGUGAAAAAAGUCCAAAUAGAGAAAGAAAGAUGAAUGAUAGCUUGGAAGAUUUAUUUGAUCGGACAACACAUGAAGAAUACGAAUCCUGUUUUGCAGACAAUUUUCCCCAAGUGGUAAAUGAAUUGGAGGAAUUAUCCACUGCCAUAAGGAAACCAAAUGCACAUGAUGAUAAACAAGAUAAAGUCAAGCAGAAAGCAUUUGUGGAGCCAUAUUUUAAAGAUAAUGAGAGAGAGACUAGCUUACGAAAUUUUCCUCAUAUUGAGGUUGUUCGGAAAAAAGAAGAGAGAAGAAAAUUGCUUGGGCACACGUGUAAGGAAUGUGAAAUUUAUUAUGCAGACAUGCCAGCCGAAGAAAGAGAAAAGAAGUUGACUUCCUGCUCAAGACACCGAUUUCGCUACAUUCCACCCAAUACACCAGAGAAUUUCUGGGAAGUUGGUUUUCCUUCCACUCAGACUUGUAUGGAAAGAGAAGCUGCCUAGAAAAAAGCCAUGAGAGAAGAGAUGAAAUAUAUCAGCUAAGCAAGGACUUACCUGAACUUCUUAGUUUUACCAUGAUCUGUAGACCACCCAGUCUUGUCUUGUGGUUUAAAAUACUGUGUUAAAAAAAUGAAAUAAAAUACGGAGUUUUAUGAAAAUAUGAUAUGUUUUCUGAGAUGUAACUGGAAAAUGCAAUGUUCAUAAUAUGUAUAUGAAUUGACUUUUAGGUUUAUGAUAGAUUUAAUUACUAGCCUACGGAUCUUAAGCCUACAGUUUUAAGUCAUAAACAUCCAAAAGGUUUACCCACAAGCAUUGAAUAAAUAUCAAAUAAGAUUACCAUUUAGAAGUUUUCAAAUUUGUCAUUUUAUGCUAUUCUCAUUUAAGAGUUCUGAUGGCCCAACUGUAUGAUUACUAUAUUUCCCCCAAAAUAAGACCAUGUCUUACAUUAAAUUUUACUCCAAAAGAUGCAGUGGGGCUUAUUUUCAGGAGAGGUCUUAUUUUUUCAUGUACAACAAUCUACACUUACUCAUUUAUUCAUGUACAAAAAUCUACAUUCAUUCAGAGACAGUGCUGCCAUCAUCUGGAACAUCAUCAUAACUCUCCAAACCCCAAAUCCCAGCCUGCAUUUCUUGCCACUUCAUUUCCUGUAGACCCAUUGGCCCCAGUCUGUUGCCCACCAGUGGUCCUCUCCUUGAAUGAGCACUUCUUGUCCAUGUGGCUUGCUCUUGGCGCCCUGGCAAUCCCGCUGUCAGCGAUUUUAGCCCAUGAAUUCUUCACCUGAGUCACAGCCUCUUCCAGGUUGGGCUUCACAGAGUUUCCGUCGAAUCUAGUGUGAAUUGAAGACUUAACGACACAGGAGUGGCACCAAAAAUAAUUAAUUAAGGAUGAUGGUCCAUUCAAAAGCAAUGAAAAAUUUCAGGCACCAAAAUUUUAAAAACAUUUUAUUUCACAUGAAUGCAUGAAGUGUGUCCAUCACAACACACAACAUACUGAAUUAUGAAGAUUCAUAUUGGACAAUCACAUCCAUUCAUUAUCAAGUGUGCACAUUAUUUGUGCAUUGUGUCUGUGCUCUGCUCAUUCAGCAAUAAGUCUCGAAGUCAUCUGUUUACGUAGGUGGUUACCUCUCCAAAGGCACUCGUUUAGGU